AUGGUGUCACCCCAAUCUCCUAGAAACAUCGGUGAAUCCAAUUCAACCGCCAGUCUCUUCCUAGGCGGUGUUAGGAGGAAGUGGAUGGGAGCUGUGGAGCCUCGACGUGAGGUGCCUAGACCUCUCCCAAAUGAUCAAGUCUCGAUCCCUCCAAGUGUCUCGCCUGAAGACGCUGUCUUGAUGACCCCGAUCACCCCCGGAGACAUCCCAAAUCCGGCAGAGAACCUCAGUACGGCAGAAAAACCCGACGCGACUCUCGCCACCACCAUCCCGUCCCCAGCACCGACAAUUUCCCACCCGAGUCCUAUCACUGCCGAUGCAGCUGAAGACUGCACGACCGUACCGCCAACUGUACCGCCAAUCGUUCCGCCAGUCCCGACACGGCCGGUGGACGGAAAUGAUGCCCCGAUGGCGAUUCGACCCAACGGCACCCAACGGGACCCUGGCGCGGGAGGCAUAGCAUCAUCAGUCGCGCAGACAGGGCAGACAGGGCAGACAGUCCAGGCAGUCCAGGAAGGGCACAUGCAGGUGCCCAGGCCUGCCAUGCCGAUGGACAGAGCUGGACUACCAUCUCCAGCUAUAUCCGAAGCGACAUGGAACGAAUGGUUGGCUCAGUUGGAGGCAAUGAAUGUUGGAUUUGCUCAAAAUGGAUUGUUAAAGCCUGCCACGGCUGGGGGGUCCAGUAUCCUCAAGCCUCGGCUUGACUUGCUACGCAGGGCUAUUUCCAACCGGGACUCCUUCUAUCUGGUGGUGCACCAGGUGUUCUGUUUGUAUACCAUUGACCCUUCAUCCAUAUCUCACAUUGGAGCUUCAGAGCAAGGGGUCCAGACACUGACCAGCCUGCUGGAAGACAAUCAUAAGAUGCAUUUCUCGGCCACCUUCAGACUUGCGCAUUUCCCAGAUUCACCAGAGCGAUUGCUUGAACGAGCUUGGUAUCAACAUACAAUCAAGAGUGUCCCUUUGUUCCUCGCCCAUGUGGCCCAUAGAUGGAUCCACUCCUGGGCCUCUUCCAACCGUCCUCCAUUGGUGACAGAUAUGGUCAAACACUUUGCGCUGCCCUCUCCAGUCAUGAUGUCGGUGAUGUUCACCUGUGUCUCCCGGCAUCUACACAAAGAGCAAUAUGUUGGACACCUGCAGCGACAUUUCUGGGGUGAUUGGAUGUUCUGGCAGACCCAACAGCCUCCUGAAAGGAUCCGAACUCAUGAUGAGAUGCUCAUACGGGAGUAUCUUAAAUUCCCACGAUUGCCCCAAGAUCAACGUCAGACUGUCCAUCCAAAUAGGCCAGUUGCAACCCGUCCUGCAGAUAGGGCUCAAAUUGCUGCCCCAUCUCCAGUUCCUGAUAUCACUCAGACCAUGGUCCCUCAUAGCUCGCCUGCUGCUCAUCCUGUUCCAAGUCCCCCAAUACAAGCAGCUCACCCGAGACCAGCUGGACAAACCCCACCUUUGGGUGGAAAUAUCCCAGUGCAGGCAUUGGAAGGUUCACAUGUGCCCCAGUACCUUCAGGGGCCGUCAUUAGUGUAUGGUUUUGAUGGAGUUUCUCAUCAGAUGCAGAGUCCUCAGAGCUCACAGAGUCCUCAAUUACACAGUGCUCAGGCGCAAAUACUAGCACAAAGGCACAUACAGGCGCUGCGUUAUGGACAAGUGCCCCCUUCAAAUAGUCAGAUGGGAAUUGUAUGGGGUCCGCGAGUAGGCCAUUUCUCUCAACCUUCAGUCCCUAAUCCAGCAAAUUCUGCCCACUCAUCCCCAACUGCUUUCACUCCACCUCAACCUUUACCCAACACCCAGUCACCCCUCCCUCCAUCUACUCUCGCCCACUCAGGCCACAACACUAGUCAGGUGGUCUCACAGUUGUCUCAACGAUCAAGUCAUCAACGCUCUCCGGGUUCUCACUUACCUCUUGUAUCAUCUGCUCAAACAGCAAAAGGGGUUCACUCAUCCCAGGCCUCGCACUUUCCUCACCCACCUCCACUGCCUCACUCCACUCAUCCACCACCGCCACAGUCCCGACUUUCAUCUCCUCUAUUUCCUGCGCCCGGCUAUCGCGCACCGGUGACUGUGAAUGGUGAUCCUAUGCGGCUCGGUCUACACCUAGCGAACCUCCGUGAUCCCAUGAAGAAGUUAGUGAGACCAGGUCCAGACGGACAACUGGCGGACACCGAAUUGUUUGUCUAUUUCGGUGAUUUUCUGAUACCGCCAUGUCUCAUCAAGGCUGAUGAGCCGAGCUAUACCUGGAAGUUCCGUCUCAACGAUGAUGAUUUCAGAAGGUUCCCAUACAUCACCGAAGCAAACGGAACAGGUCCCGCGACCUGGACUUACCAACCCGGAAAUCGCACCAUCCGCCUGCGAUGCAUCAGUCAUGCGGGAGACCCAAAAUCAUUUGACCACGAUACAUGGAUUACCAGUACCACAUUCUGGCCUAGCGUUUUCUACAUCAACGUGAAUGGCACGGAACUUCAGGUGCGCCGAAAGGUGCAACAUCUCAAAGACCUGGCUCUGGACAUCACCAAAAACCUGAAGAUGGGCGAGAACUCUAUCCGGAUAGACCUGAUUCUUGGAAAGGAUGAGUGUAAAAAGAUCAAGUACUUCUUCGCCGUUGAAGUCAUGGAAGUCACUAGCUUUGAAGGUGUACUUGGCAUGGUACAGCCUAUUUCAGCCGCAGAGUCCCGCGCUGAUAUUGUGAAGCGUCUUGCCCCCCUCACUGAAGAUGAAGAUCUGGCCGUUGUCACCGACAACCUUACCAUCAACCUUGUUGAUCCCUUCACUGCUCGGGUUUUCGACAUUCCUGCUCGGUCAAGGAAAUGCACCCACAGCGAAUGCUUCGACCGGGACACCUUUAUUAAAACCCGAGAGUCUGUCUCCGGCCCGACUCCAAUGAUCGAGGAGUGGAAGUGCCCAAUUUGCAAGACAGAUGCACGCCCACAGCUGCUCGUUGUUGAUCGCUUCCUCGCUGAGGUUCACGAAGAAGUGGUCCAGACCAAUCGGCUGGAGGAAGCUAAAGCGAUUCAAAUCAAGGCUGAUGGCACAUGGACUCUCAAAGUCAACUCCGAUGAGGCUUCAUCCGAGACUUCAAAGAGCCCUGCAAACCCAGAUUCGCUCAAACGCAAGGCCCCAGAUUCGACAAUCUCAGAGCAUGUGGCUGUGCGUCCAAAACAGGAACCGAGCAAACAACAACCGCCAUCUGCCCCAUCUCGUAGCCACGAGAUUAUUGAGCUGGAUUGA